AGUCUCUCCGAUGGACCCGAUCGAAGACUCGUCCGGACGUUAAUUCAAAUCAGGCCCCCGUCUCCGACUGUUUCAAUUUUCAAACUCCAUUUUCUCAAAACCAGUAAAACAAUGGCGGGCGAAGGCAAGAGCAAAACCAGCAGCACAGUUUCAAACGAUCUUUUCUCAUCGGUGAUAUCUGACAUCAAAUCCUACGCCGGAAAGGAUCCUCUUCUCCCCUGGCUCCGAGGGAUUAGGAAGAUGAAAGAGGCGCUGCCUCCUCAUGUUCUGAACGAGAAGCUGCCUCGGUUCUUGCAAAAAUGUGCGCAGUCGUUCCAGUCCGAUCGCCGCUACCGGAAUGAUUUACGGUACCUUCGCGUUUGGUUGCAGUUGAUGGAUUUUGUGGAUGAACCAAAAGUGUUAUUGAGAACCAUGGAAGUAAAUCAUAUUGGGACAAAACGUUCAUUGUUCUACCAGGCAUAUGCCCUUUACCAUGAGAGGAUGAGAAAAUAUGGUGAGGCCGAGAAAAUGUACCAUUUGGGGGUCCAAAAUCUAGCUGAGCCUCUUGAUGAGUUGCAAAAAUCGUAUGAUCAGUUCCUUAAUCGCAUGGAGAGACAUAACAAGAAGAAAAUACAGGAAGGUAAAACUGCCAGAAGGCCUCUUUCUGCUAUGAGUAUCCCAACUCAAACCAGUGAGACCAGAGAAAAUAAUGAAAAGAUGGCAAGAGUUGAGGGUAGCAAUCCAUCCUUGAAAAAAGAGAUUGUUGAAAUGGUUGGAAGUAGAAGUACAGCUAAGAAGCAAGUGUUAAUGGAUAGAAAGUCAGACGAACCCAGGAUGGUUGGCAAUGAAGAUACAGUUGUGGUGAAGUUUGUUGACACUGCUAUUGAUGGUAAAUCUCAAGCAGAGGAUGCCUGCCAUCAUGGACUCGUGGAUCCUACAAUUAAUUUGAAGGAGGCCAUGAAUGCAAUUAAUAGCAUGUUUGGAGAGCCUUUAGAGAUAGCUCCAGCUGGAAGGAAGUCACACAGAAGGCAACAGAAAGAAGAUCAUAGUCUAAACACAGGAUUCAAGGUGUUUGUUGAUGAAACGUUGAAUGGUGGAGUCAAUUCAUCAGUUCAAAAUGAAGAGAAGGGUCAACCCAACAGAGUUCAAACUUCUCAGCCUCAGGGAGAACCUUUUGAAAUCUAUGUCGAUGAUGACGAAAGUAAUGAGAUUGGUGAUGGUGAUGAUAAAAAAGAUUACUUUGAAGAGAGUGAAGUUCAAGAUUCAGCAGAAGGUCCUAUCUCACCUGCUUUACGUUUAAAUGCCUUUGUCUUUCCCACUCCAAAGGAUUUUCCAUCAGAAAGUUCCAGUGAAGUAGCUGCGGAACGCUUCCCUGGUACAAAGCUUAGAGAGGAUACAGUUGUCCAUAGGUUUGUAGGUUCCACCAUUUCAGAUGAGCCAGAGGUGGAAAAUGUUUGCCACCAUGGCUUAGUAGACCCAACAAUUAACUUGAAAGAGGCUAUGGAAGAUAUCAAUAGCAUGUUCGGGAAGCCAAUUGAUUUUGUAAGGGCUAAGAGAUCAAAGAAGCAGGAGAAGGCACCACUUCCAAAACAAGAUCUUGGUGGGUUUUCAAUACUUCCUGAUGAUGAACUUGAACCUCCGCGUCAACUUCCACCAAAAUCGUCUUCCACCAAGUUAAAUGAUCAGGAUUUAUUCGAGCCAACAGUGUUUACAAAGGAAGCCAUGGAUGACAUAAAUAAGAUGUUUGGAAUGCCACUGGAUUUUUAGGAGGUUACCAUCAUUCGUGCUUACGGAAAUUCUGGAACUGAUACAAUUGAUUGAGAAUGAGCUGUGAUCUUGAUCUCAUAAAAGUACCAAUUUUAC